UGAAGGCAGCAGAGGCGGAAGCGGGAAGCCAGGCUUGGGAGAGUUCCCCUGUGGAGUCGCCACUAAGUGCUAAGUGCUCUUAAGGCUCGGACAUGUCUCGCACUUCUUUAAUAUCUCUGCUGGGCGUCUUCUUCGUCUUGGCAUCCAGCCCGGCACACGUGGCGCCCCCUAGCAACGUGACGCUGCACUGCGGCAACCUGAGGAAUAAAGUGGUGUGGAACUACGACUCCAUGCCUCCAGGACUCCGAUUCAGGGUGAAUAUCGGACAGUAUUCGGACGUGCAUGGAGCUAUUGACCCACUGUGGGUGGACCCGCCCCACCUCCAAACUGACGUGUCUUUUCUCUCGGACCCGAACGACGAUUACUUCUUAACCGUGACCGCCGUCCUCGGAGAGAACCAGUCCGAGCCCGCUCCAGCCGAUGGCAUUGUGUUCAGCUACUACAGGAAUUCUCAAGCCAGCCAGAUCUGUGCUUUGGACCUGCCGCCUGUGACCCUGUUGGAACAGCAGGAUCACUCUGUCCUGCUCAGCUUCCAGCAUCCGUGGCUCUUAUACCACCAGAAACUUUCGUCCUACUCCGGAAGAAGAAAGAAGAAGAGGCACGACCAGCCCGACCACCUUCUGCCGGUCUUCAAAUACGAUGUCACCAUCGACAAGAAGCAGUUUGCCGACGAGAGCUGCUCUGAGCGAGUGUGUGAGAAGGUGCUCCCGGUGGACCCCAACCAGGAGAAGCACUGUGUGAGCAUCAGUGGCGAGCUGGAGAAAAUAAAGGUGAAGGGACCGCAGGACUACUGCGCCCUGCCAGUCAAGGGACACAAGGUAGUGGUCGUCUCUGUGCUGGUGUCCCUGCUGGUCCUGGCUGGAGUGGCCUUGGUCUUCGUCAUGUGCUGCAGACGACGCACCAAAGCCUCCUCUAGUCCUCCAUCCUCACUGGACGUCCACCACAGUCCCAACACCUGCACCCUCACACCUGUCCAGGAGACGGCCCACGUCCCUGAAGCCGUGUCCUCUCAGCAGGACCAUCAACCGCUCAGCAACCCCAGCGGCGAGCCUGACGGCGAUAUGCAGGAGCAGGAGGAGGAGGAGCAGGUGCAGGAGGAGGAGGAGGAGGAGGAGGAAGGUUACAUUGGCGGGGAAAACUUGGAGGAAGACCUGCUGGAGUCAGUCAACUCUUAUGAGAGACGUUGUGCCGUCUAUUAGCAGGUGAGACUUUAUGCUAGCAUGACUUGCUUUCUCAGCCAAUGACACGCCCCCACGUGAGGGACACGCCCCCUUGUCUUCUUCAUCUCAGGAAGUUGAAAGGACAGACCUAGAAUAAGAACCUGUGCUCCUUCCAACCCAGACGUGGAAAUCAGGGCGCUGUUACAAGUCCAGUAAUGCUUGAGAGGGAGUCCACAGCCAAACUUCUUCAACUUUAGCAAGCGGAAGGCUGAUUUAUUAGUUGAAGCUGACUCAGCACUGCUGAGCAAAGUGAGGAAGGGUGUUAGAACCUGCAGCAAGUCUGCGUCAUGUCUUACCUGCGCCAAAAAGCUACUGAUAGUUUGAUUUGCACUCACCUCGCUUCCCCUCAAUGGUACUGUGGGCGGGGCUUAUUCAACAUGUAUUUAUUCCAUAAAAGUAUUCAAGCUGUCAAUAUCUUUCUAUUAUUUCUCUUGAAAAUGCACCUUUUCUGUGUAAUGGCCAACAACUACCUGGAACUUCCAGAUUUCUGUCUCCACUCACAUGUUUUGUUGGUCUUGUUGCGGAGGAAUUGAAAGCCCAGCAGUGGAGUGACGUUGUCAUGUCAGUCUGGUGAUGGUAACCAUAGAAACACACGUCAGUCUUUGUUGAUGGUAACCAUAGAAACACACAUGUCAGUCUUUGUUGAUGGUAACCAUAGAAACACACGUGUCAGUCUUUGCGAUGGUAACCAUAGAAACACACAUUUCAGUCUUUGGUGAUGGUAACCAUAGAAACACACAUGUCAGUCUUUGGCGAUGGUAACCAUAGAAACACACAUGUCAGUCUUUGGUGAUGGUGACCAUAGAAACACACAUGUCAGUCUUUGAUGAUGGUAACCAUAGAAACACACAUGUCAGUCUUUGCGAUGGUAACCAUAGAAACACACAUUUCAGUCUUUGGUGAUGGUAACCAUAGAAACACACAUGUCAGUCUUUGGUGAUGGUGACCAUAGAAACACACAUGUCAGUCUUUGGUGAUGGUAACCAUAGAAACACACAUGUCAGUCUUUGGUGAUGGUAACCAUAGAAACACACAUGUCAGUCUUUGGCGAUGGUAACCAUAGAACCACACAUGUCAGUCUUUGGUGAUGGUAACCAUAGAAACACACAUUUCAGUCUUUGGCGAUGGUAACCAUAGAAACACACAUGUCAGUCUUUGGUGAUGGUGACCAUAGAAACACACAUGUCAGUCUUUGGCGAUGGUAACCAUAGAACCACACAUGUCAGUCUUUGGUGAUGGUAACCAUAGAAACACACAUGUCAGUCUUUGGUGAUGGUAACCAUAGAAACACACAAACAUGCCUGAUUCCAAUGUGUUUAAAUCAGAGAGCAGGUGUGAGACUAAUGUGUGGAUGGAUUUAGUUGUGUGGAAGAUUGUUGUACAGAUGUUAUUUCCAUCAAAGCCAACGUGUCGAACCCGACUGUUAGUUUAAUUCAGUCAAAGAAGAAGACAGGAGAAGAUUCACUUUCUUUCUGUGUAAUGAAAUGUCAACGAGAAUAAAAGCUGCAGGAUGACAUUUUAUUCAAAACUUUA